AUGCCAUUGAAUUCUUCCACGGCCACUUCUCCCCUUCACGACAAUGGCCCGGACAACUAUGGUGUCUACAUCUGGAUCUCGAACGUGACUUCCACAGUCUUCGGUCAGGAUGCCACAGACUUUGACUACCAUCUAGCUGGAGAGUCUGCCCCAGGAGUCGAGGCCGUCCAUUCCUUCGCUGCAGCUUUCAACGCCAACGACGACGAUGCCAUUCUCACCACAUUCUUGAAUGCCACCAUGGCCGGCACCAUGACUGCCGAACAAGCUGCAGACAGAGCUUGGCUUUGCCAGGAACUCAGCGGCGACAUGGCCUCUACGACGCAGUCCUGCGAUGGCGUUGACCUGACCGAGCCCGCCGCCCUCGAAAAGCGCGGCCGAGGCAGAUUCGGCUGGAUCGUUUCCGGCGCUCACAUCUCGAGCAAGUUCGCCAUGGAAAUCCUGCAGCGAUCGCUCGAGUCCCGAAUCUAUGAUAGUUUCAGUCAGUCGCCGCGUUCAUGGUGCAAUGCCGUGAAUGGAGUCACGGCUUGCUUGUCUUGGUCUGCGGUCGAGAACUGGCAGCACAAUUAUGCUGUUACGCUGAUGAGUGAUGCGAUGAGCUAUGUGGACUUCAACCAUUUUAGUGCUCAGGCGAACAGAGCUAUUAACGGCCGUAAGAGGGGUGCUGCCGAUGUGUGUUUGAGCAACCGUGCGGAUGGAUGCACCUGA